UUCCGUUCGCCCAAGAAAAAUAACACAAAACAGGAGAAUUGUGCAGGAGUUAGGGCAUUUCAGAAUGGAGAGUUUUGAAGGAGAGAAUUAGAGGAAAAAGAUGCAAUUAUUCAUGUUAGAAUUAAUUUUUGGUAGCAAAUUAGGGAAAAUUCUUCGAAUAUUUAACAUACGAGAGUGACUCGACGGUCAACCGAAGAUAAGCCGAUGAUGUAACUGCUUGACAACGUGGCUAUAUAUCACGGGCUCGUUUAGGCAACAUGGCGGAAACAUAUGGAGUGGUGGAAGGACAAUUUGACGAUCUAGAGAGCAGUGAUGGUGAUGAAAAACACAGUAGUCAUUUACAAGUAUUGAGCUCAGAAAGCAAACAUCUUGAAAGUAUGGACGUCGAUGAUGGUGAUGAUGAUGAGAGCGAUGAAGAUGAUUUUGAAGACUGGGACUGGCUAGAACAAAGUGGAGACCUUACCAAGAAUUACAAUGCCAGCAGAAAUCAAGUUAACACAAUGAAUGUCAACCAACCAAAAACUCAAAAUCUUUCAUACCAGCCGAAUGAAAAAGCUUGGCAAAAGUUCAAUAACAAGAUUCGAAUAGAGAAAUACGAAGGUCCUAAACUACCAAAUACAACAGCAAACAUCUUGAUAGAGUCUGAGAAACGACGUGAAAAUGACAGAAUCAGAGUUAAAGAUAAGUCAGAUCGAGCGACAAUGGAGCAGGUCCUCGAUCCUCGCACACGAAUGAUCAUUUUCAAAUUGUUGUCGCGUAAUUUUAUCACGGAGAUCAAUGGCUGCAUUAGCACCGGGAAAGAGGCGAAUGUAUACCACGCUUCUGCAAAAGAGGGCUCUGAACGGGCAGUAAAAGUUUACAAGACCUCGAUUUUGAUCUUCAAGGAUCGAGACAAAUAUGUGACGGGUGAAUUUAGGUUUCGUCACGGCUAUUGUCGUCAUAACCCGAGGAAAAUGGUCAGAACUUGGGCUGAGAAGGAGAUGAGGAAUCUUACAAGGCUGCACAAUGCUGGUAUACCAUGUCCUGAGCCGAUCUUGCUUCGAAGUCAUGUCCUUGUGAUGGAUUUCCUUGGAGUCAACGGAUGGCCUUCCCCACUUCUUAAAGACGUCAAUUUAACAGAAUCCAAAGCAAGGGAAUUGUAUUUACAAUGCAUUAAAAUCACAAGAAAUAUCUUCUGGAAAGCGCGUCUUGUCCAUGCAGAUCUCAGUGAAUUCAAUAUGAUAUAUCAUAAUGACAGUAUCUUCAUCAUCGACGUGUCUCAGUCUGUAGAACAUGACCAUCCUCACGCACUUGAAUUUUUACGUAAGGAUUGUACAAAUAUAUCAGAAUUCUUUCGAAAAAAUGACGUUUGUGUGAUGACGGUUCGAGAGACAUUCGACUUCGUUACAGACCCAAAUAUCACUGACGAAAACAUUGAAGAGUAUUUAGAAAAGGCUCAGCAGGUUGCAUUAUCUCGCUCAGAAGAGACAAAGAAUGCAGAAGAUGAAGUGAAAGAAGAGGUAUUUAAGAAUGCGUUUAUACCAAGAACAUUGGAGGCUGUGUUAGACUUUGAAAAUGACAUGGAGAAAGCCAGGGAAGGCGACACAGAAGAGAUAUUAUACAGAACUUUAACUGGAAUGAAAGCGGAUCUUUCUGGUGCCCAGGAGCGGCCUGUUUUGCUGCAAGAUUCACAGACAGAAAUAUCUCACGAGUGUUGUGAAGACGAUGAGAGCGAGGAGAAUACAUGUUCAACAUCGGAUGAAGAAGACAGAGAUGACUCCCACUUGAGCAAAGAAGAAGAGAAGUCCCAAAGAAAGGACCACAAAAAGACGGUGAAGGAAGCGAACAGGGAACGAAGAAAAACAAAAACACCAAAACACGUGAAGAAAAGAAAACAAAAACUAGCCCAAGUUAGGAAAGGGAAAAAAUAGUUUGUGUUGAUGUAAUACGUGUGCAAGUAAUCGUGCAACUUAAGAGAAAUAUAAAUUAUAUUUUCUUCUAUGGCGA